GUACAAGUGCGCUCGUUGCGUGAAUGACACCAGUGCAUUCAUUCCGUCCAUCUCACCGAACAUGGGCUGCAUCACCACCGUCAUUAACAACCAUCUCACACCCUACACGAUACGCAUUCAUUUAUGUGUACACACAUGCACACUAUGCAUACGUACAUCAUGUCGGUAUGUAAGUAGUGGCCAAGACUUUGAACAGCACGUCUUACGCAUGACUUUCGGCUAGCAGUGCUGGCAGUCCUGCUCGCUACAUUACGCGCCUUUCCGCACCCUCAUACACAGCAAAUGCACUCACCUCGGGAGCAAACUGACGGUAUAUAUACGAGACGGCUCAACACCAGUCUAUUCAUCCAUCCAUAUCCGCGAUGAUCUGGCACCAUACGAUUACCGCUGACGUCCCGCUGGGCCUGCGAACACAAUGCACUCCAUGUACAUAUGUACCUCGUUUCUUUGAGGCGACUACCAGCCGGCCACGUUGCGUGCAGCAUGCUAACCUACCAUGGGUGUCAUCGUACCCAGUUUGCAUUCGCCCAACGUCCCAACUCAAGCCCGCAACAAUCUAGUUGCAACCCUUUUGCUCACAAACUAAUGCCGUUCCAGAUGCAGACGACUAAUAACUGCCAGCACAUCGGCUGCCUUUGUGCACCUUUUGCACGAUCAGCCCGGUCCUGCGCCCAUCCUUCUCAAGCUUGCAUCCACAGUACAUCUAGCAGCUGCGCUGACGUCUCAUGUCUUUCCAUACCUCCCGUGCUCUCCUCCUUGCUGAUAUGCUCGUUUUUACUACUUGAUGUUGUUGUUGUUCCUGGGCGCCUCUCCGCCCUUCUCACGUACUUGCGGCCAAUCGAGUUUCCAUAGCAGUUCUAUCGGUUUUCAAGGACGCUGUUUUUUGCACGGGUAGCAUUGCCUCAAUCACAGAACUCCGUCAGUUGAGUUCGUGGCUGGUGGGAACCGAGAACAACUCAAAUACCAUCAUUUUCAGGCCUCUUUUGAGGUUUCGUUUUAACCAUGCAGCACAGCUCCAGUCCUUGGAGAGCUACCGCCUCUGAAUAUGUUAAACCACAAUACAAUCUUCACACCACCAUGUCUAUGAUCAACUUGCACGAGGAGUCUUCGAACUGGUAUUCUAGAGGGCCACCCUCGCCAACGGCUUCUUCGGUUUCGUCAAGUGCAAGUCGAAGCGCAACCCCCACUUCGAGCACAAACACCAACAAUCCGUGGCUAAAUACCAUGGCAAGUCCAACGUCAACCCAGUCAAGCAAUUCGACUAGCUCCUCUCCCAGGAACAGCCCUAAUCGUACACCUCAACAUGCCAGUCGCUCUACUACGCCAAUCGCCCCUCAACCGCGACGUCCUAUCCCCGCCGGUUUUGUUCCAAUGUCUCCACCACUUUCCAUCUCAGGAGAAUCUCUAAGAGGCAUCGAUUAUCCCGCUUCUCCAAAUCCGUACCGUCAACCUAUGGCCCCUUUCUCACCUUUAGUGAACGGUUUUAUCAACACGUCUCUGUUGUCUACUCAAGGGCAGUCGUUAUCUGGUUGGUUCUACGAGCUAGCAAGAAAGCAAUUCGUCGAUCCAGGCUUGAUCAGAAAGGUGUGGCAGUGGACGUUAUCCAAUCCCAGACUUGCCAUUCUUCUAGCUGUUUGCGACGAUGUGGCCUCGUGGCGACAGGCAGCUUUCUUUGACCUUCGGGACGAGAAUCUUCCUUUCCCAGAAGAUCGACUCCAGGGAAUUGUUACAGAUUCUGGGAAAGUGGUCGAAGAGCAAUGGCGCGCUACAUCGAAAGAACUAUCUUUGAAUGGCUCCCACGCCGAAUUCAACUCCCGUGAGACUGUGCCACUGCAGCACAUUAACUUGAUUCGUACAUCCAGGGGCUCUGAGAAGAGCGUUGAUCGCGUACGUCUACUAGGGAACGGUGAUGAUCGCAUCCUGAUCAGAAAGCGAUUUGUGCUGGCACGACCAAACCAAAAAGCAGCACUGCUCGACCAAAUCAAUAGAUACAGAGCGUUUGACCAUAGAAACAUCGCCAGCCUGUUAUGCUCGUACGCUCAAUCCAGUCACGUGGGUAUCGUCACUUCUAAAGCACAGUAUACCCUAGACGACUAUCUGGGUUUACCAGGAACGGAGCCAACACGGUCCAAAUUCCUUGUAGAUUGGAUGUAUGACUUGUCAUCUGCAUUAGACUAUCUACACUCGCAAUCAAUCUGCCACCGCAGUAUUCGACCGCGCAAGAUUGUCAUCGAGGGAUCGCGCAUCUUGUUCUGCGCGUUCGGCAUCGGCGACUCCAACCCGCUCCCCAGUACGACAUCCUCAGGCCCCCAGCGCCUCGACCAACGCCACAGCUAUUUCCAAGACCAAGCUUACAUAUACGCGGCUCCAGAAACUUUUAUUUCGCGUGGGAAGCGCUUCUCCGAUGUCUUCUCGCUUGGAUGCGUUUUCCUCUCUAUGAUGACCGUUGCUCAAGGUGAAUCUCCCUCCAUAUUCACACAGUACCGAGCUCGCUCUUCUCACGAUGCCUCGUUCCACAACAACCUCGAUCGCGUAGGGAGCUGGCGCAACCGCCUUCAAGCAAUGACCACCUCUGGGCAGCGCGGUGCCUUAAAUGUGGGAUCGGGACGUAAAGUUCGACAGCUGAAGGCCGAGGCCGAUUGGCUACAGAUAAUCGAAGAAAUGAUACGCCAGAAGCCAAAAGAGCGCGCGAAGAUCUCGUCGAUUGUGCAUGGCUAUGCGAGUGGAAAGGCUGUAGGAUUGAGGCGACGCAGCUUGGAUGGAUACAGUCAGUCUGCGCACCUUGCAGCAGCGGCGCUAUCGAGUGGCAAUGGUGCGGAGAAGACACCUGAGUUGAGUGUUUUUGACGGGUAUUUUGCUCAACAGGAGCAGAGGCAGCCAAAGUGGGGAUGA